AUGGGUCAGGCACGCUCUGACGACGCUAGCCACCUUAAGAAUUGUGUAGCGCAGUAUGCAGCCCCAGACCCUUCAGACAAGGGGCUGGAACCUCCGAUUUACGCUGACAACAAAUCCCGCGCAUUACUUGGUGUGAACCACCCUCAACUCGCUGCAAUGCUGUGCCCUAUCAAGCAUGCAAAAGCAUAUCAUGAGGACCCUAAAAAGGUACAAGCCAAACUUCAGAAUGGGGUUAUCAGGAUUCACUCCGCUGCAUGGCCUGCAUUUAUAUAUGAAGGUACUCCGCCAGGAAAAGACUUCGACCCAGACAAUGUUCAGGAGGGAUUUUCAAAGGGCUAUUAUUUGAAACGGGUAAGCUUACUAUUACCUUAUCAACAACAUCUCAUGUAG